AUGAAAGUGCCUUGGACAAAGAAGCAGAAGAAGAAGAAACGUUGUUUACCCACGUUGUCUCACUUCACUAACCUUCCCUUUGAGCAUCACGACCAACCUCAUCCACAAGAUGGCGAGUGUGUUCCCGAUCCCGACCAAUCUCACCUGCACAAUUGGCGAAUGAAUCUCAAGGAGACAAGCUCGCUAUGGAUUCUGACUGGCAAAACCGCAAUAACGACCGAACGAGACAGUGAUGGGGACGCUGCUGAAGCGGUGGCGGGGUUGAGAGUAAGGGUUUGA